AUGACAGCUUUAUCGUUUGAUUCUAAAACCUAUUCACCUCAAGCUUUUGCUACGGGAUUACAGUCAAGAAUCGAUAAAGAUCCAGAUAAUGCGUUGAUUCUGAAUGCUAUUCCUAUCGGGAGAAGUUCCAAAAGACACACUACUCAGAUAAACUAUGCUGAGUUUGAUAAUUAUAAUGAUGAUUUUGAUGAAGAUACUCCAACAGUCAAGCAAACCCCAGCUUCUGCCAACAACCAGAAUAAUAUGAACACUCAAAAAAUCACCCUUUUACAAUCAGUACGUCCAGAAUAUCCUUCUACCUUGGAAGAUAAAGACCUUAUUAAGAAAAUGACAUCAGAGAAGGAAGUCUUAGUACCAAUAAAAUUGAAUAUCGAAUACGGAGGAGGUAAUUAUAAGUUGAGUGAUUUCUUUAUGUGGAAUUUAAAUGAUACCACCAUACUGGCAGUAGAAUUUGCUAAGAUCAUGGGAGCUGAUUUAAAGCUUGGUAAUGGAGUUAUUAAUGAAAUAUCUGCUUCUAUUGAAAGACAAUUAGAAGAAUAUAUUUACGCAGCUAACUUGGAGUUACCCGCUGAUAAGGAAUACCAUUUAAUCAUUGAUUUGACUGUAAGUUUAAAUAAACAAUUAUAUGAAGAUAGAAUUGAAUGGGAUUUGAAACAAACUGAUGUUACACCUGAAGAUUUUGCUGAAAUUCUCGUAGCUGAUUUAGGUUUACCUUUAGAAUUCAAACCAGCUAUUGCUCAUUCCUUACAUGAAUCAGUUUUGAGUUUGAAGAAAGAAAUUGUCGAAGGGGAAUAUAAUGAACGUCUUAAAAUUCAACAAACAAGUGGUUUAUGCUUUGAAAGAGGUCUUAGAAUCUCAACUGAAAUCAGUCAACAUAAUGGUAAUGAUCAUUGGGAACCUAUAGUUGAAGUAUUAACACAAGAAGAAAUCGAAAGAAGAGAAGGUGAAAAGGAAAGAAAUAUCAGAAGAUUGAAGAGAGAAAAUUUAAGAAGAGAUUUUGAUGAUUUUGGAUCAAAGAGAAGAAAUUUAGGUAGAAGAAGACUCGAUGAUUUAGAAAUUGGCUAUAGAUAA